GUCCAGCACACACACACGCACACACGGCAGAGAGGGUUCUGCGGCAGGCCGAGUGUGUGUGAGUGUGAGAGCCAUGUCUUCUCUGGCCGUGCUCCUGAAGAACGUUCCUGCCUGGUUCCUGUGUGGAGGAGUUUUCCUGCCUGUCGCUCUCCUGCUGCUGCUGCUGAUCCUCCACCUCAGCUGGAAACUACAGGAAGUGGAGGUGGAGCUGUCUCAGGUUCGGGACCCUCGGGACACAGCGGAGCGACUGACCUCCAGACCCAAACACACACACAUCCACCAUCACACACACACUCACCUGCACAGGUCAGCCAAGACGUAAGGACAAGCGGAGUGGAGUUCACAGGAACACUAACAGAGCAACUGAAGCCCUGAGAACGGAGAACAUGUGGAGAGAACAGUGUGGAACACCUGAAUACCUGAAUGAAGUGAGAGUGAAGGGGAACAAGCCGGACCCUCAGAGCUGCUGUGAAGAACUGGCGCAUUAAGGGGCUCAUGCAUUAGAUCUGUUUAAUGUUAAUAGGUCUUUAGACUGAUAUAAGUAGAUGAGCUCUGUUCUGAUUGGCUGCGCACUGUUCAAACAGGAGUCUGGACUCCUUAUAGCUUGUGUGAGUGGGCGGGGCUAAACUGCUGUAGGCCAGAGAUAUGUAAAUGAUUUGGGCUUUGUGACAAUGGAUUCAAAGCAGGCUGUUCCUAUGUAUGGACAGCAUGGACGUUUUGAAACUGACUGUUUACAUUGAAGGGAAACCCUCAGGGCCUUCCAGGCAUUCAGAGCUUUUCAUGAACAAAAACAUCAUUCCUGGUCUUCUGGAGGUUCUAGAUACGUCAAUAACUGAAUACGAGUCGUAGUCGAAGCAGGUGCCGGUUAGUUGUUAGGAAUGGAAAACAGCAGUGGCAGCUCUGGAAGAGUCACUGCACACUCUCAGAAAUAAAGGUACUAAACCAUCACUGGGGUGGAACCCUCAAGGGUCCAUCUCAGUACCUUCAGUCAGGGAACAUAACUGA